AUCCCAGCUCUCCGGAUGCCUAUAUAUAAUGUCCUCACUCAGCACCACCACACACCGCAAUCGGCUCCAGAUAAGCGCCGUCCGAGGAUGGCUCCACCGGUACCCGCCGACGCCGUGGUGCAGGCCGCCUCGGCCGUCGCCGAGAACGGAAUGGCUCGCAAGGACGCCCCGGCGCCGGCGAUCUCCGUCGUCUCGAGGCAGACGGUUCGGCCGGCCGCCGGCGCCUCGCCGGUCGGGGACCUCAGGCUCUCGGUCUCGGACAUGCCCAUGCUGUCGUGCCACUACAUCCAGAAGGGGCUCUUCUUCCCGCCUCCCGGCGUGGCCAUGGCCCCGCUGGUGGCGGCGCUAGCGGCGGCGCUCUCCCGCGCGCUCGGCGUCUUCCCCGCCCUCGCCGGCCGGCUCGUCACGCUCGACGACGGCAGCAUCGUGAUCCGGUGCGGCGGCGACGGCGCGGCCGUCGAGUUCCACCACGCGGUCGCGCCGGCUCUGUCGCUCGGCGACUUCCUCGUGCCCGGCGCCGACGUGCCCACCAGGCUCACCAACGGCCUGUUCCCCAUGGACCGCACGGUCAGCUACGGCGGCCACGCCCGCCCGCUCACGUCGUUCCAGCUCACCGUGCUCGGCGACGGCGCCGUGUUUGUCGGCUUCGUCGCCAACCACGCCGUCGUCGACGGCACCUCCUUCUGGCACUUCUUCAACACGUGGGCGGGGCUGUGCCGCGGCGCGCCGGUCCGCGAGCCGGACUUCCGCCGCAACUUCUUCGGCGAGUCCACCGCCGUCCUGCGCUUCCCCUGCGGCGGGGGCCCGGCCGUGACGUUCGACGCCGAUGCGCCCCUCCGCGAGCGAAUCCUCCACUUCAGCGCCGCCGCGAUUCGCGAGCUGAAGGCGACGGCCAACCGCUGGAAAGGGACAGGUCAAGACUCCGAGGUUAACGGCAAGGCCACGCAUGACUCCAAGGUUCAGGGUGGUCGCGGCCAAAUCUCGUCGUUCCAGUCCUUGUGCGCGCACAUAUGGAGGGCGGUGACGCGCGCGCGCCGGCUGCUGGCUGCCGACAAGACGACCACGUUCCGCCUGGCCGUGAACUGCCGCCACCGUCUGCACCCGCCGAUCUCCCCGCUCUACUUCGGCAACGCCAUCCAGAGCGUGGCCACGACGGCGACCGUGGCCGAGCUGGCGUCCAACGACCUGGGCUGGGCGGCGGCCAAGCUGCACGCCACCGUGGCGGCGCACGAGGACGGCGCGAUCCGGCGCGCCGCGGCCGAGUGGGAGGCCGCGCCGCGGUGCUUCCCGCUGGGCAACCCCGACGGCGCGGCGCUCACGAUGGGGAGCUCGCCUCGGUUCCCCAUGUACGACGGGAACGACUUCGGGUGGGGCCGCGCGCUCGCCGUGCGGAGCGGCCGCGCGAACAAGUUCGACGGCAAGAUGUCGGCGUUCCCAGGCCAGGCCGGGGAUGGCAGCGUCGACGUGGAGGUGUGCCUCGCGCCGGACACCAUGGCUUGCCUCCUCCGCGACGAGGCGUUCUUGCAGUUUGUGUCCACCCCUGCACCGUGACAGAGUGAAGCAUCUGAUGGGCGGCAUCUGAUGGGGAUGGUAGUGCUUGCUACUAUUUUAAAGGAUUGGGAGUGACCAUGUGUCCAUAUAGAGAUGAUGUGCUCCUGCUGGUUCCUUCGUGAAGCGAUGUACGCUAGUGUGGUUAUGACUUUGUGAAUCUGUUUAGAUACUGGAAAAAAGAUGAACGUUCCGGCUUCAUCCUUCUCGGGAGGAAAAAUAAGACCACACUACAAUUUGUAGCA